AUGUUCAAAGGAAGGCAGCCGACGCUGAUGGAUCAUGCCGCUGGAGUUGAAGGGAAGCAGGCUCCUUCCAUCCGCCACCCUCCUCAAGUACGCCAAGCGAAAAGGAAGGCAGCUGACGCUGCUGGAGGAAGCAGGCUCCUUGCAUCCGCCACCCUCCUCAAGUACUCCAAGCAAAAAAUUGAAGGAAGGCAGCUGACGCUGCUGGAGUUGAAGGGACGCUGCUGGAAUGGGUCCGAAGCUGUUGGUGCUGAAUGGGAGGAGCUGCUGGGAGGAUCUGCACUGCACGACGCUUCAACUUUGAAGCUGCAACUCACAAACAAAACAAGGAGCUGCUGGGAGGAGAUGUUGGUAGGAGCUGCUGUGAGAAUCUGCACUGCACAACGCUGCAACUUUCAAGCUGCAACCGACAAAAAAACAAGUAGCUGCUGGGAGGAUCUGCACUGCACGACGCUUCAACUUUCAAGCUGGGACCCGCAAAAAACCAACGAUUCCGCCGCGCAAUGGGGGCUGCCUGGGUGCCUCGACCAGGAGGGGGCUGAGCUGUGGCUGAGACGUGGCCAAGGCUUGAUGGGGCCUUGGAGUGGCAAGCAUGAGACAGACAUGCAGCUGCGCUUUCCCACACUGGGGAGGGUGUGGGGGGCAGAGUUCGGAUACCAAUUCCAGUGGUGCUGUGAUGCGCAACCGGGCCGGGACGACUUUGGAGCCCUGACGGUGUGCAGUCGGCCGGCCGGCUUCUGCACAUUGGAGGGAGGUUCAGGCCUUCAAAGUCGUUCUGGGCACCCGGAUGGCCAGGUAGCUUCACUGCUGGAAUCGGUUACGGGCUCUUCAAGUCAGUACCACACCGGGGUGGGUGUGGAGGGCUUGAGCGCUAAAGAGGCCAGUACCACACUGGGGUGGGUGUGGAGGGUCCUCAGCCACUUAAGAGAGAGAGAGAGUAGUCCACACCGGGGUGGGUGUGGAGAAAUCUCCUCUUUCCACUUAAGAGCUUUCUCACACUGGGGUGGGUGUGGGGGGUUCGCUCUCAGUCACUUGAAGGCUUUCUCACACCGGGGUGGGUGUGGGGGGCUCUCGGUCUCCUAG